AUGUCGCCGCCGGAGAUGUCAUAUAGUCCUGCCUAUCACCAGGCACGGGACCCCGUCGUCGCUAUACGCUCUCCCUUGAUCCCGCCGGAACACCCUGAACCUUCAUAUUCAAGUCCGCUACGCUCCUCUCAGUGGAUGGCCCACGACGUGAGCCCCCGCACUUCUGGCCCGCGGGGAUCACACGCUCACUCUCCGGAAGCGUCACGGCGUGCCUCUCGUAUAGGGGACGAGGUUGUCCAGCCGGUUACAGUGGCCCACGGCUCCAAGGAAGGACGUUCCCGGGGAAGUUGGCAGCCUUCAUUGAUGUCGGGAGAGCAGACUCGUGUCUCGAAGCGAGGAGGAGUUCUUGAUGCUACAUCUAGUGAUGGUGGUCAGGAUGCGCUACUGAUGCUGUUCCGGCUAUCUGUUCCGGUUCCACUCUUCUCCUUCGCUGCCUGCAUAUACACCUUCUUCGCAAUCAUCUUCGCCAUACUCAUCUCGCCUCUCCGUCUCUGUUCUAUAUCCCCAUAUCUUCGCAAGACUUCCUUCCGAACCCAACUAUGCGACCUCCUUUCCCCAGUCCUCCACAUCCAUGAACGACUUGUCUGCAUGCCACCACCUACCUCUAACCGCUCUUCCUCCACACAAUGGAUCCACUCCGACCCAGACAGCGAGGAACCUGUUCCGGUCGUUGAUUCCAGCAUCUUAUAUUCCGUCGGUAUGUCAAUAGUCGUCUUGACCCUCUCCCCCUUCUUCAGCAUUGCCAUCCUCCUUUUUGCCUGGACAGCCGCUGCAUUUUGGGUCUUUGCUAUGGUCAUGGGGAACCCAGAUGGCACAGAGCGGAAAGACGAUGGUCGUGCCGCCGUUCUGGGAGUUUGCAAGUGGUGGCGGACAUGGUUGGGUAAAUCCCGGCCUUCUCCAUGA